AUGUUCGUGGCACUGCUGAACGAGGUUCACGAAGUCGUGUGCCCGCUGCCUCCGGACCUGAAGGCAGCGCUUGUCAAGCUUGGUGCUGCGAGUCCAGAUGCGCCUUCUGCAGAUACCUUGUUUGGAGAGACAUCUUGGCAGCGUGAGAUUUUCCGACCUCCACUGACAGCUUGGCGGCCCGGAACGGAGGUGCAAAGACAUUUGAUUUCGCUUCUGUUGGGCAAAGACCAGCCUCUUUCUCUACACGACAUCAAUGCAGACACAGAGCUCAAGAGGCUAUUGGUCAAAGAGAACCUGACGUGCAUCAACAAGGCGUGGCUGGCGAAGAAUUGGGAUGUUUUCGAGGCCCUGCCUUCUCCCGACGAUGAUCUAACGGUGCGUCUCCGCCCGUUGGCAGAAGGCUCUGAGAGGCAGCUGGAGCAGCAGAUUGAGGCGGUGCGCUCCGAGUGCGAGGAGCUGCAGCGGUUGAAGCAGCGUGCCAUUGCUGAAGAACAGUACCUGAAGGCCGCUGAAAUCAAGCGCCGCUUUGAAGCCGCCUCUUCAGAACUGAGCUCGCUUUUGACCCUCUGCGAGGACGAGAGCCUCGCUGACGACGGACUGGCUGAAGGUCGGUUUGCCGCUGCUAGGCAGCAGAUCAAGGCCUUCGAGCAGGAUGUAAACGACGAGGCUCUCUUUCCAUCUCUAGCGGCAGCACCAAAGCCACGUGCUGCGCCAGAGACGGAUGAUCCAGCGCCGGCCGAAGGUCUGGAGGUGAAACCACCUUCCCUUGAGGAGGCGCUAAUGGACUUUCUGGACCGAAAGGAAGGCAACAUCGCCCACAUCAACGAGAUCAACAACGAUCGCUAUCUACGGGAGGUGAUGGCUCAACAAGCCCCGAAGCCUAUAUCAGCGGUGAACAAGGUCUGGCUGAAGCAGCAUGAAGCUUUGUUUACCCUUCUCCGUGCUCAAGACAAUGAGAUGUACAUCGCGAGGACGCAGGCUGUGACCGACCAGAAGAAAGCCAAAGCCAAAAUGCAGGCUGGAGACCAGAAGAAGCAGCCUGCGUAUCACCAGGUCAUCCAGAAAGCCGACAAGAUGGCGGCGCCCUUGGUGUACCAGUACGGCGGAGGCGCACUCAAGCCGAUUCCAGAGCAGGAGGAGAGCGGAGCCUGGCAAGAGAGGCUGCAACAAGCCCUGCAGGCGGGCCCUUUGGAAGUUCCGGAGCUGCUGCAAGCCGUGCCGCUUUUCACGGCGGCGACGGGUGCCACGCGGCCAUGGCAGCAGCAGGAGAUACUUCUGACAUUUCUUCAAUCAUGGCCGCAGCUCUUCAAAGUGGAGAAGCGCGGCACGGGAGCUGACAGGAAGUAUCUGGUGUCGUUGAAGUGA